UCCAAUUCCAGCCUUUUAUUCGGUAUUUAGGAAAAGACACCUCGUCCAUUGAGUUUUAAGAUAAAAAACGUGUGCUUCUUCGGGAGAAACGGGAACGAUUUAGAACGAGUUAGGUUGGAAAACCUGCGGCCACUCAACCAAGCGAUGAAGAUGAGAUUUCUUUGGCUCUGCUUUAUUUGUUUAAGUUUCUCCAACCUAAGCGAGUCAGUUUGGUGGACCUUAGGAACACAUACCACACUGUCAACGGAUCCAGCGAAGAAAGCAGCUCUCCUGUGCUUCACAACUCCUCAGCUUAACACAAAACAACGAGAUAUUUGCCGGAGACACCCAACUCUAAUGGCAAGUGUGGCCAAGGGAGCCAGAGAAGCGGUUGAAGAAUGUCAGAUUCAGUUUCAGCACAGGCGAUGGAAUUGUUCGUCUGUUCCUGACUCUGGAACACUGUUCGACCCGAUCUUAAAGCGAGCCAGUCGCGAAUCAGCCUUUCUGUACGCCAUCACAGCAGCAGGAGUCGCCCAUGCUGUCACGGCUUCAUGUAGUGCUGGGAAUACCCAGAGUUGCGAUUGUGACCGAUCACCGAGUGGUCCCACCCAGAAGGGCUGGACAUGGGCAGGCUGCAGCAGUAACAUCAAGUUUGGAAGCUGGUUUUCAGAACAGUUUACUGACGCGCGGUCGAAAGGCAAUAGUCCAAGGGCUGUCAUGAACAGACAUAACAGCAAGGCCGGACGAAAGGCCCUUUCAAAACUAGUCUGGAAGAAAUGCAAGUGCCAUGGUUUAUCCGGUUCGUGCUCAAUGAAAACAUGCUGGAUGCAACAACCCUCAUUUCGGGAAGUUGGGGAUCAUCUUAGACAGAAAUUUGACAGAGCAGCAGAGAUGACAAUCAAACUGAACAGAAGAGGAAAAGAACGUUUGAAGCCUAAGAACACUCGCUUGAAGAAACUCUCGGACUCCGAUUUGAUAUAUUACCAAUCGUCGCCAAAUUACUGUGACGCAGACGUCAACGAGGGAACUCCAGGAACUUCGGGAAGAGCGUGCAAUAUUUCGUCAAAUGGAAUCGAUGGGUGCGAGCUUUUGUGCUGUGGGCGUGGUCAUAAUAUUCAACAGGGCAAGGUUGUUAGAAAUUGUAAUUGUAUAUUUCUAUGGUGCUGUCAGGUAAAAUGUCAAAAGUGUCGAGAGAUUGUUAACAUCUACACCUGUAAAUAAGUUACACCGGACUUACUGCUUAGUACAAAACUAGCGUAGAUUCUUCUAGCUUUAUUUCAUUUUUAUAUACAUAGAUAUUUUGAGGAACAACUUAGUGGAAUGUGGUGUAUGUUCGUGGGUAUAAAAAAAAAAGAAAGAGUUUGUUCGUCUCUUUACAAAGGGGCGAUAAUCGUUGAUUUUUCCUUUUCCUGCCAAAUAACGGUAUGCAUCGCAUCUAAUAAUAAUAGUCAUAAUUAUGUUCUUCAUGUAGAGAAAAUAAUCGAAGUGUUCUUGUAAAUUAAUCGUGACACGACAUGCGUGCCGCACCUAAUGAAGUGCAAGAUGGAAUAAAUGUCUUUGUCUGGAGAGUUUUCCGCGAUUCACAACGCAUCCAUGAGGUAAAGGGGACAACACAAAUUGUAUCACUGCUCAUAGAAAGUAAAAUCAAAUCAAACUGAGGGGCUAAGCAAUAUCCUUGUGGGUUCGAUGUGGUUCUUGAAGGUGCGUAAACAAUAGACAACGGAUAAUCUCUCCUUUUCUGGCGAAGUCCGUCGCGCGAGUCAAAUAACAAAGGAAAAGCACUCAAAAAGUGCAUAUGGUUAUUGGUAGUUAUGAAUGAGUACGUUAGGUAACCUUUUAGGUGUGUUUUUGUAUGUUUCAUGGGUCAGCAGUCUCCCUCGCAAAUGAAUAUUCGACGAUAAAUGUAAGUGAGGGUAUUCUUGCAAGGUUAGUAUGGAUUUUGUAAGGGAAAGUAUCUGACAUUUGUAGACUUCACACUAAACUAUUUUUAUGCAAUGAUGUUGCUAGAAAAUAAAAUGUAAAUCAUAAUGGGAUUAAACUCCAGGAAGGAAACUCGAAAUCUUUUUUCUUCAAAAAAUUGGUAAUUCAUGGGACAAUAUUAAUUAUUUUUGUCAAAACUUUUAUUGUAACCGUAAAAGUAGUCUCCUUCACUGAUUUUUUUUUAAUCGUGCGACGAACGUCACCAAAAAGGAGGGAAUACUUGAAGUUUAGCCAGGGAACAGUUUACAUCAAUGAAGUCUGCCGGUGGUUUUAUUUAAAGAAAACAUAGAGGUUCGCAAACGUUCAUAUGGGUUGGUAAGAUAUAAUUACAGGCCUACAGCGGUCAGCGGUUGGUCGGAAAAUGAAUUGCAUAUAGCAAUGAGAUUACAGUGGCACUUGCAUGUAGAUAUUGUAAUAUAGCGUUUUAAGGAUAUCUGUUUAAAAUAAA